AUGACAGCUAAAAUGAAAUCAAACCUUCGAUUCAAAGAUAUUCGUUAUAGAAGGGUAAAUGAUAAUUUUCAAGAAAUCGGCACAAACAAUGAAUAUAUUAGUGUUCAGUCUGACCAGCAUUUAUCAAUUUACGCUAAUACUGUAAUUGCCGAAGAAGUUCUGGAUCAAAAAUAUGAAAGCUUAGAAUAUGAUACUCCAGAGGUUCCUGCCAUCAAGCUAGAUAUGGCUCUAUCUUGCCGAAAAAACAAUUUACGCAACACUUGCCUUCGUUAUGUACUACUGUUCAUCAUUGGUCUAGCAGUUGGAAGUGUGGCCUCACUUAUUGAUUUCUUAACUAAUAUAAUUUGUUCGAAUAAGUAUCUUCUUCUUCAAUACCUAUUCACCAAAUACAAUACCUAUUGGGGUGUUCUUGUAACUGGAAGUGUAUGGUCUGCCAUAAAUUGCUUCUUUAUUUUAACGGCUGCUCUUUUGACUGUGAUUAUUGCUCCAGUUGCUGGAGGUAGCGGGAUACCCCAAAUUAAAUGCUAUCUAAACGGAUUAAAUAUUCCUUUCAUUCUCCGCGGGAAAACAAUGCUGAUUAAAGCUAUAGGAGUGGUAUUGGCCGUCUGUGGUGGUCUUUUCGUGGGCAAGGAAGGACCGAUGAUCCACGUCGGGGCUGUAAUAGCAGCUGGAAUUUCUCAGGGUCGCCUGACUUGGUGCGGUUUUUCUAGUAGACUCUUUCGAUGCUUUCGUAAUGAUCCGAUUAAGAGGGACUUUGUUAAUGCUGGUGCAGCUGCUGGUGUUGCGGCUGCUUUUGGCGCUCCUGUCGGAGGACUUUUGUUCACUCUGGAGGAAGGCGCUAGUUUUAUAUCCCAGAGACUCACUUGGGACACACUUUUCACAUCCGUGACCUCAAUGUUCACUUUGGCCCUCUUUCGAAGUAUCAUCGACGGCCAACCCUUCAGCUUUACACCCGGCGGUUUAGUUAGCUUUGGCAUGUUUGAGACGGUCACCUCCUACAACGCCUAUGAAUUGAUGAUCUUUGUUCUUAUGGGGGUGUUCGGUGGCUUUGUUGGAGCUUUUUUUGUUGGUCUUAAUAAAGUUGUCUCCAAGUAUAGGCAAUCGCAUAUGAAAUUCAGAUCGGCAAAAGUUAUCGAUGCCGUGUUAAUAAGUGCUUUCACUGCAGUAUCAAGCUUUGCAAUCCUAAUUCUCAUGGCAGAUUGCCGUUCAGGUUUUCAGAAGAAUACAGACUCCUCACAUAAGAUUCUCUGUGUUGAUGGGGAGUAUAACCGAGUCAGUAGUCUUCUGUUCAAUACUCCAUCCAAAGCCCUUCAAGUUCUCUUCCAUGAUCCACCAAGCUCAUUUAAUGAAACAACACUCAUUGUUUUCAUUCCAUAUGUCUUUUUUAUCGCCUGUAUUACCUACGGUGUGAGUGUUCCCUCCGGCCUGUUUAUUCCAUCUCUACUUCUCGGUGCUACAUGGGGGCGUCUUAUCGGUGAUUACUUAUACGCAGCCUCUCCCGAAACCUUUCCCAAUCCGAGUAAAUUCGCUCUUAUUGGAGCCGCAGCCCAGCUGGGGGGUAUUGUGCGAAUGAUCGCCAGUCUUACGGUUAUUCUAAUGGAAGCGACGGGAAACGUUAUCCUCGGCCUUCCUCUGCUCAUUACUCUCAUUCCUGCCAAAUACAUUGGAGACUAUUUUACUGAGGGUAUCUAUGAUGUGCACAUCAAUCUAGCUGGCAUGGCUCUUGUUCCGUGGGAGAUAAGUGCAAUGUGUGUGCAGCUUCGUGCUCUUGAUAUAAUGACCUCUCCGGCCAUUGUCCUUGACCCUGUUAUGUCUGUUGGCGACCUUCAUCGUCUUAUCUUUGAUCACCCCCAUCACGCUUUCCCUGUAGUUGAGGGCGAUAAAGACCCAGACAAUUUCAACUAUGGCCAACUUAUUGGCGUUAUACCUGCUAGUUAUAUUGCCCUCAUGAUAAAGAAGAAGGUAAAUUAUAUAAAUAUGCAUUCCAUGAUCUAUUUACCCCAGAACGAAACAGAAACCCCUCCACAUUUGACUGCUAAUGAUUUUGAUGACGCUUAUCCACGAUUCUACAGACUGAAGGAUGUUUUGUUGGGGGUUAAAGACUAUGAAUUCGAACGCCUUUUGGAUUUCCGACCCUACAUGAAUCCGUCACCUUACAGUGUAUUUGAGCGCAUGUCAAUGACCCGCGUUUUUGCUCUCUUCAGACGCCUGGGAUUGCGCCAUUUACCGGUUGUUGACAAAGAUAAUCACGUUCGUGGCAUUAUCACACGGAAAGAUCUCUGCCGAUUCCGCAUUCAUCCAAGUGGUCAAGUGGCCGAGCUUCUCUUUUCGCGAAUUUACUAA